AUGACAUUGUCGGCAAUGGAGCCGUAUCAAAAUCAUAACAAGGUGACUGAUGAGAUCUGUGAUCUCCGGCGGAUACAUAUGCAACAGAAUAGUGAUAAAAUCGAUGUUAUCGACGACACGUACGAACAGACGAAAGAAGAUCGCGAACGAUUCCUUAACUUUGCGAAUAGUCACCACGAUACAUUGGAGUACGCAUCCGAUUCUAGUAAUGAGAGUUAUAAGGAGUCGCACAGGAAACAAGUCGAACGAAAAAAUUCAUUACCGAUUACCGUGUCUAGUGCGUUCACAAUUGACAAUAUUCUUGGGAGGCACGAUGAAAGAGAUACGGAAGUGUCAUCCAGCUUAAAUAAUUCUCACGACAGGGAUGAGGAGCAGGACGAAAGGGACGAGAAAAUGGAAGAAAGGCAGUUUAUAAUGCCAACUGCAAUACCGGCUACGCAUUCAGAUAUGGGAAUCGGACUAUACACACCGACAGGAUUAUCGUAUUCCGAAGUCACAUUUUCCGACCCAUCUGGAUAUUCAGCAACAUCUUUUGCUUCUGCGUCUCUUUUGUACAACAGUUGGUUCGCUCAAACGAAACCUGGUCAAUUAUUCGGUUUGCAAGCGCCCAAACCAAGCGGAAGACGGUCCAGAAAGCCGGGAAUCGAUCGAAAGCCUCGUCAAGCUUAUAGCGCAAAACAAUUGGAAAGGCUUGAAGCAGAAUUUAAGAUCGACAAAUACUUAAGCGUGAGCAAACGAAUGGAACUAUCGAAAUCAUUGAAUCUGACGGAAGUGCAGAUAAAAACGUGGUUCCAGAAUCGGCGUACCAAGUGGAAGAAGCAACUUACCUCCAGAUUGAAGAUCGCUCAGAGGCAAGGACUUUUUCCACCCCCGUAUUUCCCUCCAACGCAGUACCCUCUGUUGCCAUACUACACUACACCACUCGUGUUUGGGAAUCCAACAUCAGAUGACGCUAAUGUGAACGUGGCAACAAUACCGUCACGACCUGCGGUAUCGUCUCCAGAUACCGCCUGA